AUGGCGACAGCUCCUUCCUUCUGGGCUGCUGGCGGCAGCAAGAUCAAGUCCGCCGAGUCUCCAAACCCCAAGAUCGCAGAGGCACCACCCAAGGCGAAGCCAGACCCUCAACAGAAGAAGGGUCUCGUACUGAAGGGCAUGACCAACGGCCAGUCGACCAACAGCGUAUCGAACGGUACCUACCCAAAGACCCCCAUUGGCAAGAAGACCAACUGGGCCGACGAUGACGAUGAUGAUAACACCUUCAUCGCCGAGUUCAUGAGCCAGGAUCCGAAGAUCGCCACCCUCGAGACCACCGUUGCCCUGAAAGAGGAGCGUGUCAAAGAGUUGGAUGCACUGGUCGAAACGAAGACGCUUCGUAUCGCUGAGCUGGAAGGUGCGGUCCAAGACAAGGACGUACACAUUAGCGAUCUGGAGACGGAGGUCCAAAAGAAGGAUGUGGAAAUCGAGAAGCUUAAGAAGGUGAAUAGCGAUCAGCUCGCUCACAACCAGGAGCUUCUGCGCGGCGCUGAAGAGAAAGACAGCCAUAUCGAGAACCUGAAGGCUGAGCUGGAAGAGAAGGCGUCGACCAUCGGUAACCUUGAGCGCGCAAAGAAGGCUGCGACCAUCAACAACCUCGAGCAGGAGUCGGCCGCACUCGUCCCCGUCCCCACGAAUGACGAAGUAAGCACUGAGGAUGAAAGCAAGAAUGAAGGAUCGGAGAAUAUCAAGUCUAAUGGCGCCGAUGUCGUUACCGAGACGAAGACCAAGGCUGAGAAGACCGCAUCUGUGGCCUCUGAUUCGGAUAGCUUUGAGAUCGUGGACGCUCCCAUGACUGAGGAGGUGAAGAACGAGAAGCCUGCGACCGUCGUCGCGAAGCAGUCCGAGGACACCGGAACGGAAAAGAGCACCAGCGGCCCAGCCCUCCCAGCAUCUCACUUCCCCACGUUCGUGACGAAGGAGACGCUGAAGGUCGUACCUCCGGCUCCGAAGCCCAAGACCCUUACCUUUGGCAUUGACAUGUCCAAGUACGGGAAGAAGCCAGCCCCAUCUGCUGCUGCAAAGACCCCACCGACAUCGUCGCCCGUUGCCGAACUGAAUGGCCACACCACACCCUGGGGUCACUCCUCUAGGCAGGCGCGCGAUAAGACCGGUGCUAUGCCGGAACUCAACCCUGCGGCUGACAUCCGUCACAUGUCUCACGGGCAGCGCGUUGUCUUCGGUAACGGCCCCGAAGUUAUUGUCAAGCUUGGAGAGGUCAAGCUGGCUUCUAUUCCUAAGUACGUCCUGAUGCAGUGCUCAGGCAAGGCAUACAAGCACUUCACCGCCAAUCCCGAUGCGACCUCUUGGGUUCUGCCCGCCGGUUCGAUGGACGCUGAUGCUGCGACGGCGCAUCUGAAGUGGAUGGACGAGAUGACCUACCAGAGCAGGGUCUACUCUGUCCGACUCCAGACUGAAACGGUGUACGACAAGAAGAACCUACACAUCUGCCGUGCUGCCCGGGUCCUAGGUCUCAACAAUACCUACGUGGCUCAAUUCACCAAGCAAUUCUGCGACCGUAUCCGCGCCCAGGAUGUGUCGUUCGAAUUCAUGGACCUUCUCUGCCAGCUGGCAUACCCGGAAAACGACCCGGUGUUUGACUGCAUGGUCCACAACCUUGUCAACCAGAAGAAGGUUGGCAACGCCAAGGGCACGGCCGAUUUGGAGAAGCUGAUGGCCAAACAUCAGUCCCUAAAGGAAAAGGUGGAGAAGAUCGAGAAGCGGAUCGGAGGUCGUCCACGCAAGACCUGGAACUCGCCCGAAGGUAGUGCUCGUGGUGGGAGCAACGACCGCAGCGGCGGCAAGGGUGGGAGCCGUGGCAAGUCAGCACCGCGCAACCCGCCUGUCGCACCAGCGCCCGGAAACAAGCCUGUUACUCCGGCGCCUGGUGACGAGUUGUUCACCACUCUCCACUAG